ACAACUGUGGGCCUUCAAUGGGUCUCUUCUCUUCGACUCACCCAUCGCCAUAGCUGUCCUCCUCUUUCUAAUCCAUCGAGCUUUUUUCCUUCAAAUUUCUUUGACCCCACUCUUGCUUAUCCGAUUUUUUCAUUUCCCUUUUGGCUUUUUCAGUCCUAUUCCGUGAAUUUGUCAAACAUAACGUGAUGGGUUGUUUAUUGUUUCGCUUUUUGGUUCUUUGAAAUUGAAUCAAACCAACUUUAAUCUGUCUUUAUCGCUCUGGCUUCUAUGAUUACUUUCAUUGACUUGAGUUUUUGGAGUUUUUGAUUGCUUUUAAGAGUGAGAUGCUUCUGGGUUGUUUCUUAGUACUUCAUUUAAUGGUGGAUGGUAACGGAUUCCUUUUUUAGUUGAAAACUGAGGUGAUUCUUUUGCUUGUUCACUUCGUUUAUUUCUGAGGAUCGGAUUCUGGGUUCUUGUUAUUUUGGUAAUAGGAUUCUUUUGUUUGGAGUUUUCUUGUUCCUAUCUGGUUUUUUCCACUUCUGCCUCUGAAUUUGUUGAUCGAGUGAAGUUUUGUUGAGUCUUGAUUGGUAUUAAGAGUGAAACUGCUUCUGGGUUGUUUCUUUCUUACUCUUGCUUUAAUGGCGGACAAUAAUGGGUUCCAUCUGAGAUGAUUGGUUCUUUCGCUCAUUGAUCACUUGUCUUCCUUCGAAUCGCCUUCUGUCUUCUUGGAUUUGUUCUGUUUCAAUCGGGUUCAUUCAAAUUCUCUUCUGUAGUCUGAUCAUCUUCAUUGUAAAUCUCGAAUUUAUUUUAUCUCUGAAAUCUGCCGCCAUGAGAGCUUCAAAUGCCAAUUUUCUCAUCUGGAUUCUUUGUGCUUUAUGUUUAUCAUCAUCUCUCUUAUCAGAAUUCACUCCUGAUGAUAAUUUUCUGAUUGAUUGUGGAUCAUCCUCCAAUAAUACAGUGGGAGAUCGUUUAUUUCUAUCUGAUGACAACCCGAAUGGGAAAUCUCUUUCCUCUACAAGUAAAGUAUCUACUUCAUCUGAAUUAGACAUGUUCUCAUCUCUAUUUCAGACUGCAAAAGUAUUUGAAACAACUUUUCAAUACAACUUCAAAAUAAAGAAACAGGGUAGGCAUUGGAUCCGCCUCUACUUUGACCCCUUUGUUUCUGGGAACUUUAACUUGAGUUUAGCUAAAUUCUCAGUUUCUGCUCAAAAUAUCACACUGCUCAAAGAGUUUCAAAUCGAAAGCGGCUCAAUAAUCAAGGAAUAUUCUCUGAAUCUCACCUCCAGUAAUCUUGUUCUUACAUUUACUCCCAUAGUGAAUUCAUUUGCCUUCAUCAAUGCCUUGGAAGUUGUUUCUGUUCCAAAUGAACUGAUUCCCUUGACUGUCACCAGUGUUGAGAAGGUUGAAAAUAGUUUGGGGAACAGGGCACUGGAGACAGUUGCUAGAGUGAACAUGGGCAAUCGAACCAUGCUUCCGGAUGAUGAUACUCUCUCGCGUCUUUGGGUUGCAGAUGGUCCAUAUUUGAUGCAUAAUAAUCAGGUUGUCGUUGGAAAGUUUGUGUCAAAUCUCACAAAAGUGAAUAUGACAGGCGGUUUGGAAAUUAAGGCUCCUCGUUUUGUGUAUGGAACGGCAACACAGUUAGGAGUUGAUGGGGAUACUUUUGUUAAUGUCAAUGUAUCCUGGUCAUUCGACGUUGAUCCAGGAUAUGAAUAUCUGAUUCGUUAUCAUUUCUGUGAUAUUAUUGAUCAUUCUUUUGGACCAAUGGUCUUCAAUGUUUAUGUUAACUCAUGGAAGGUAGUUCAUCUUGAUCUUGAUAAUGUCACUUCAAACAUCCGAGGUGCACCCUAUGUCCUGGACACCAUAGCCAGUCCAAUCGACAGCUCUAAGUUCAAAAUAAGUGUUGGUCCUACCAAUUUUCAUGAUUUCUCGACCGCCAUUCUUAACGGGCUCGAGAUUAUGAAAAUAAGUGAUUCUCGGAGGAGCCUCGAUGAACCCCCCUUUGGUUUAGACUCAAAGAAAGGUUCCAAUGUAAAAGUUGGUCUUAUAGCUGGCUUAGUUGCUGGACUGGUUGUCCUUGCUAUUUUGGCCACUCUUGUUAUUGUACUGUGCAGAAGAAGAAGGAGAUCAGCACUUGUCCGUCACUUGAAGGAAGAGGAAAAUUUGGGUGUGAAUGGUAGAGAAAGCAAUUAUACCAUUGGCUCCGUUGCCUUUUCGAACUCAAAGUUCGGUUAUCGAUAUUCUCUUGCAGCUAUUCAGGAAGCUACAGAUAAUUUUAGUGAAAGUUUAGCCAUUGGAGUUGGCGGGUUUGGGAAAGUUUACAAGGGAAUGUUGAGGGACAACACAGAAGUGGCAGUGAAAAGAGGAACUUCUAAAUCCAUGCAGGGUCUUGCAGAGUUUCAAACCGAAAUUGAGAUGUUAUCCCAAUUUCGCCACCGUCAUUUAGUUUCUCUGAUCGGGUACUGUGAUGAGCAAAACGAGAUGAUUAUAAUUUAUGAGUACAUGGAAAAAGGGACCCUCAAGGACCAUUUGUAUGGAUCAGAACUUCCAAGUUUAAGCUGGAAACAAAGGCUUGAUAUUUGCAUUGGCUCAGCUAGAGGACUUCACUAUCUUCACACUGGCUCCACAAAGGCAAUCAUACACAGAGAUGUCAAAACUGCAAACAUUCUUCUUGAUCAAAACUACAUGGCCAAGGUUGCAGACUUUGGACUCUCGAAGAUUGGCCCUGAAUUUGACAAGACUCACGUCAGUACAGCAGUGAAAGGAAGCUUUGGCUAUCUCGAUCCUGAGUAUUUAACGAUGCAGCAACUGACCGAGAAAUCAGAUGUGUACUCUUUUGGGGUAGUUAUGUUUGAAGUGCUUUGUGGUAGGCCUGUCAUUGAUCCAUCUCUGCCAAGGGAAAAGGUGAAUUUAAUUGAAUGGGUAAUGAGAAGGAAGGACAAAGAUCAAUUGGAGGCGAUUGUAGAUGCUCGCAUUGUCGAACAAAUCAAGCUAGAAUCAUUGAAAAAAUAUGUUGAAACAGCCGAGAAAUGCUUGGCAGAAUGCGGCAUGGAUCGUCCAACAAUGGGAAACGUUCUGUGGAAUCUGGAGUGUGCACUCCAACUCCAAGGGGAUGAAAAAUCCCGACAUGGAAAGGAAUCAUCCUCACAAGCUGAUCUUUCCAACCAUUGGGAGGCGAGCGUAUCAACGACUCAAUUCAGCACAGGAAGCGCUGUCGAUAUCGCAAGUAUGUCGAUGAGUAAGGUAUUUGCUCAAAUGGUGAGGGAAGAUAUGAGAUAGGUUACACUCAAAUCAUCAUCAGUAGAUUUUGUAUAAAAGUGAAGGAUUUCAAUCCUGUUAUGUGCAUCUCAUACUGUUAGAGGUGUGCUUGUGGAUUUAUACAUAUACUUUAUAUAAACAAUGAACAUUUUUUAUUUGUCCAAAUUCCCUUGGUUAUAGCCAUGUUAUUCUUUUGAAGAACAAAACAGUUGAAGAAAUUCUAUACCGGUUUGAUGGUAAAUAAGUACAUGUACAAAUAUCAA